AUCACAAGCAUCAAAGACGUUGUUCCUCAAGCUCGAAAGUCCCAUAAAACAUGCGCAAGCUUUAUUGGCUUUUCCAACAGGAAUUUCACGACCAUAAGUGAACUCAAUUUUUUCUUGACGAUUGACCACCAUUCAACUCGGUGGCGUCCCAGUUUGUUAGUCUUGGCAAGAAUACCAACCAAUUCACUCACUAAUAAUCACAACCGAUCCAUCAAACAGCUGGAGUUCACCUUGUAAAUGACAUCGAAAUUUGGAUCUCUGCUGAAAAGGGGCUGUUUAACUCGAGCUUCAACCGCCUCGACCAAAAUAUCAAUACCCACCUUUGAUUCUCAAAUCAAUUGGGGAUGACGUUUACGCGGCAGGAAAUAUGUGCUCAGCGUAACUGUCAACAGAUUAUCGCGAACUUCGAGAAGCAAGAUGCCGAUCCCGUUGAAGAUUUGUGAACUAACGUAAGAAUUUACGUUUUGUGCUGGAAAGGCAGUUUCGAGAAAUCAUGAAAUUAGGCUCUUGUUCCACAUUAAACAAUUGAUCUCCUUCGAGAUCCUUACAAACUCUCACGCAGUUUUACCUUGAAAAUUAUAUCCAGCUCAAAAGAGAAGACAACAGCGAAAGUAACCACUUUUCUACUUAAUGAUUUUCCGGUUGACCCGAAAUCUAUCCAAUUGGAUAGAGUUUUACACUCUACCCCUCAAGUAUUUUGAUUCAUGCUCUCAAAUUUCGAUGUCCGACGAAGAUUUGAAGAAUGUAUGCAUCAGACUCAAUCAUCUUGAUGCUGUAGAGGAAAAGUACAGAUUCAAGAUUUUGUCAAGGUCCUUGUUUGAGAGAUUCUAUAUUUUGUUAACACACAGGUAGAGUACUAGGUUGCUCACAUAUUGAGGACAAAUAUGGGAAUACAAUCAUAAUCCGAAUUACGCGAUAGAGAGACGAAAGGGACUACAGUCAGUAAGGCAUCGAACUAUCUUGAGAACUAUUUUUCUUGCCAUACCUCCCACACUUCGACAGAAUUUGCCUACCGUGACGCAUGUUGUUCAUGAUAAGGCGAAGAGAUGAUACCCAAGAAAAAGCUAAAAGCGCUCAACAAGUUUGAUGCAAAACUCCAAAACGUAGCGUCUGAGCGCGAGACGUUACGGGAAUGUGGGCGCUACGAUAAAGAGACGCCUCAUGAUCGCUACGUUUUUCCACCAUUGGAAGGCAAACAGAGGCGGGUUCUCACAAUUUUCUUCCCAGGCAUUACCUUUCAAGUAUACCAAAUUUUCUACGGCUGACGUAGAACGGUGUUUUUUCAUGGGAGUGGCUUUCGAAAGGCGAAUUUCACUAUCCAGCGCGAACCGUAACCGGCCAAUGGUCCUUAGAAACCGCUUGAAGUGUUUUGAGCUCCAGGAUAAGUUCGAGGGAUUCACCUCGAUCGAAAAGACCAGUUCAAUGCAAGACAAUAUGUCAGAUUUUUCUAUUGAUGUCAGAAACAGUUUAAGUGAUCAGCAUGCUAACAUUGAGUGA